CAGUAACAAAAUUAUGCUUUGUGCAGUUUAAUUCAAAACCUUCUUGUUGUGCAAAUCAUAAACAGCAAGAUGAUAAAAUUAUUCAAUGUGCGUCAAUUUACAACGGUUGCAAGGUCAAUUUACAACGGUUGCAAGGUUGCAAAAAAGAGUAAAUCAACAACGCCAAACGGUCGCAAAGCACGCACCAUUAAAAACUUGAAUUUUGAAAACAAAGCCAUGUUCGGAUCGGUUAUCAAAAAGUCAGCUACUGUAUCUCAGGACUCAGUUGAAUAUUCAGAACGAUCAUCGGAAAUGUUCUGGAUUCUACAAAACACUAAUGCUCCCAGUACAAAGAUUCGGUUGAAGGGGUGUCAAACCAACUCGACGAAUGUGCUGAUACCUUUUAACGAUGUGGAAUUGCGGUCAAUGCCAUCUUUUCCAUUAACUCCAUCAUGUUCUGGGAUUCUAGAAACUCACUGGACCCGCCAUCAAUUCGAAAACAGUCCGCACAAAUCGCCAUCCGUUAACAAAGUCCUCAGUGCCACUAUGCCGGAAUCAGCCCGACAAGCACUUAUGAAAUGGAAGGCCUCUAAAAUAGCAUUACUAGGAGAGGAAGGGUUUUCUAAGCUUCAGAAAGCAACAUUAGAAAGAGGCAACAAUUUCCAUUCUUGUCUAGAAAAUUGGUUCAGUGGGAAACCCCUGGAUGAGGCUAGGCUACGAAAAGCAAAUGAAUUAUGGCUAAGCAUCAAUCCGCUGUUAAACAGAAUUGUUAAACCAGCACGAAUUAUUGAGCAGAAGAUCUAUCACCCAUUUUUGCAUUAUAACGGUGUUGUAGAUUGUGUAUCAUCAAUAGACAAUAAAAUACACAUAAUUGAAUGGAAAACCUCAGAAAAUCAAAAAAACAACCUAUCGUCUACUUUUGACGCACCACUUCAAUUGUGUGCUUAUUUGGGAGCUUUAAAAACUGAUCCACUGUACUCGGAUCUGGACAUCUCGAAUGGGGCUGUGUUUGUAGCUUACACCAAUGGAAAACCAGCACACCUACACACGAUCAAUCAUUUGAAAAUGAGAAAGUAUUGGUCGGCAUGGUUGCUACGAUUGCAGGAAUACUGGAUUCGAUAUCGGGAUAAUACGUUACCAGAGCCAAUUUGACACGUGGUUUUGUUGCUGAAAGUCGUGAUAGUGAUUUAAAUGUAUUCUGUGAGCUUUUCGACUGGAGUUCCUAUUAAAUAAAUGUGCCUCGCAAGGUUGGUCAAGAUAAAAAAAAUUGUCAAAUCGAAAUCACUGCCGAAGAAAAUCGCUUCACAUAAAAUCGGUAGUGACUUUGAACUAAAAUAAUUCUUAGCUUAUGUAAGAUCAAUUAUUGGAUGAUUCGCUUAGCUUUGAUCAUUGUGAAGGAAAAUCACAUAUGAUCAAGAUCAGACAUGAGUGCCGAUUGAUUUACGUCCUAAAUAAUUGAUCCCCCGAUGAGGGAUGUGAAAAUUAGUGACAACAGUAAUCCUACAGGAAUUUAUAACUGAGGAUAGCGCUUGUCAAUGACGCAAAAUCAUAUAAAAUUGUCAAUUUUGUAUCUUUGAGGAAUCUAGUUAUGAGUGAUAAAUAUUAUUAGAGGAGCAUGUGCAUCAUAAAUUUGUAUCAAUUUAUAUGCUUGACGGUGCUCAACAAAUCCUUAUCACCCGAGUUAAGAGAAAUACCGGUUUCGUUACGAUACGGUUUACGUAGUUUCAACAUAUGUUCUCGUUUGAUGCAACUCAUGUUCGAUUUCGCAACCGGUUGUUUGAUUCGCAAUAAAAUGAAUACUAGUUUAUGAGAAAUUAAUUAUUAUUGUUAUUGUUAAUUUGACAGCAUGCACUUUGUAAUGCAAAUUUAGUAAAAAAAUAUUUCACACCACAUAGUUAUUAUAGCGACAAAAGACUUUGUUUUACUUCCAGCUGGUUGAUGCCGAUGAUGAUGUUCAUGCAUUAUUUUGAUUGCACCCAAUAAAACGCUAUUUGACAUGAAUUUAAUUUAUAGUAGUAAUAUGAGCGCAGACUUUUUCAGGUUUACACACACAGCAGGCGUAACGUUUGAAGGGCGCGUUUGAAUUAGCGUAACGAUAGCCUGCGCUCCUGUUACUUCUGUGUCUACCAUAAACCAUAUUACCAUAAACGGAUAUAUAGACUAGACACGUACGAUUUUUUUUAUGCACAUCACGGUCCUCCGUUCAAUUGACAACAAUGAUGUUAAACUGGCAGCGCUGCUGAGUUCGAACACUGCUGUUGUCAAAUUGUUUGUACAAUGUCACCAAAUACCUGUCGAUGAUGAAAGUUUCAUUGUAUCGAAUUAAUAAAAAAAACUGGUUUUCCGGACUCUGCAAAUGGCGGGCAUCGCUUAUAGGAGGAAUGUUCUACACCGGUAUAUAUAUAUAUAUUUAUUCGGUAUAAACUGGAGUGAAAGUGUUGGUAUUGAUGAAGGUCAGCUGGGUGUUUGUGUUAAUCUGCAUGAGAGUAGCAAAUUCGGUUGUGAAACCUGGUUUGUCAGACAAGGUUAAAAAUGGCGUUCUCAGAUGCGUAGAGUACUUUGAAUGUUAGUGUUUGACAUUGGAUAAAUUUCGAACUUUUUCAUAAAACUUGUACACGGCUACGACCAGAUGGUGCUUACGCCUUGGAGUCUCAAUAUCCCACUGGCAUCAGCUCAACUGAACGAGGGGAACCAAGGCUCAUGAAGGUGUUAUCACUAAGCGAUCAAUCGAACAUUACAUGUACGAUGCAUGAGCGGCAUCAGGAGAUCGGUUAACUAUACGUAAUAAUCCAUAUUAAAGUAUUUCGGUAUAAUGUGCAAUAUAAUC